AUGGCUUCCAAAUGCCUCAAGGCCAGCUUCUCUUCGGCGUCUCUCAAGGGCCCGGGAGGGACUUGGGGGGCCUCUGCUCGCGUGUCCACCAUGUACUCCAGCAGCUCUUGCAAGCUCCCAAGCCUCUCCCGGGGGCCCCACAGCUUCUCUGCAUGCUCAGCUGGACUGGGCAGGAGCAGCUGCAGGGCCGCCAGCUGCCUCCCUGCUCUCUGCCUGCCCUCCGGAGGCUUUGCCACCAGCUACAGCACGGGCGGGGGCUGGUUUGGGGAGGGCAUCCUCACCGGCAACGAGAAGGAGACCAUGCAGUCCCUGAACGACCGCCUGGCCAGCUACCUGGAGAAAGUGCGCCAGCUGGAGCGGGAGAACGCGGAGCUGGAGAGCCGCAUCCGCGAGUGGUGUGAGCAGCAGGUGCCCUUCCUAUGCCCCGACUACCAGUCCUACUUCCGGACCAUUGAGGAGCUCCAGAAGAAGACCCUGUGCACCAAGGCAGAGAACGCCAGGCUGGUGGUGCAGAUCGACAACGCCAAGCUGGCUGCCGAUGAUUUCAGGACCAAGUAUGAGACGGAGGUGUCCAUGAGGCAGCUGGUGGAGUCAGACAUGAAUGGCCUGCGUAGGAUUCUGGAUGAUCUGACCCUGUGCAAGGCCGAUCUGGAGGCCCAGGUGGAGUCCCUGAAGGAGGAGCUGCUCUGCCUCAAGAAGAACCACGAGGAGGAAGUGAACUCACUGCGCUGCCAGCUUGGUGACCGGCUCAAUGUUGAGGUGGACGCUGCUCCGCCUGUUGACCUGAACCGCGUUCUGGAUGAGAUGAGGUGCCAGUACGAGACCCUGGUGGAGAAUAACCGCCGGGAUGCUGAAGAUUGGUUCAACACUCAGACAGAGGAGCUGAACCAGCAGGUGGUGUCCAGCUCCGAGCAGCUGCAGUCCUGCCAGGCGGAGGUCAUCGAGCUGAGACGCACGGUCAACGCCCUGGAGAUCGAGCUGCAGGCCCAGCAGAGCACGAGAGAUGCUUUGGAAUCCACCCUGGCAGAGACAGAGGCCCGCUACAGCUCCCAGCUGGCCCAGAUGCAGGGCCUGAUCACCAACGUGGAGUCCCAGCUGGCGGAGAUCAGGAGUGACCUGGAGCGGCAGAACCAGGAGUACCAGGUGCUGCUGGACGUCCGGGCCCGGCUGGAGAGUGAGAUCAAUACGUACCGGGGCCUGCUGGAGAGCGAGGACUGCAAGCUUCCCUGUAACCCGUGUGCCCCUGAUCACUCACCCUCCAAGUCAGGCCUCCCCUGUCUUCCUGCGGCCUCCUGCGGUCCUGGCUCAGCCUGCACAACCUGCAGCCCCCACCCCAUUUGUGUCCCCUGCCUGGGGGGCCGGUUCUGA